AUCAGCAGCAGCAACAACACCAGCUAUCAGCAGCAGCAACAACACCAGCUAUCAGCAGCAGCAACAACAUCAGCUAUCAGCAGCAGCAACAACAUCAGCUAUCAGCAGCGGCAGUCCGCAGCAGCUGUGCCCUGCGGUGGCGGCACCCGUUCAGAGGAGUUUCGCUCGGAAGAGAUCACAAAGAUCACUCGACUACGACACAUGGAUGCGUUACGUCCUCGAGUUUAAGAGAGUUGAGUUUCGUUUUACAGAGACGAUUCACAACGAUCUAUAGAAGCAACGAGAAGACUGCACAUCAUCAUUCGUCUUCAGGAAUUCUACAUCGCGAGGGUGCCGCGUUCGCGUUGCGGCACAACGCACCUCGGGAAGGUUCUGGGCGAGUUGAAGACCGAAGGGAAUAUUCAUAAUGAUGACUCGGGUCACGUUUCGGAUCGAACGAGAGACACGGAGAUGAAAGCGACGCAUGAACUGCAUCUUCACUUUACCCGGAGGGCUGCCGAGACGGAAGUCAGGCACAGGUCGAGGAAUUCGUCUCAUCAGGGAAUCAUUGAUCGCUGCCGUUGUAUUAUUUUUACAGUGGCUGAGUGAUUUUCUUUUUGCGUACAUAAGUCUCAAACACGCACACAUACGCGUUUAUAAACAUACACACACGGCCGCACACAGACACACGCACAGAUGUAUGUAUGUUGUAUGUUGAACUUCUUUCGCGCCGUGCGUAACCAAUCGUGCUAAUCGGAAAUGCGGGGGAAGGACAACUAAAUAUGAAAAAGCAGUUCUAAAGAAAUUUGUUUUCAAUUCAGAUGUAACAACAAACACACAUAUCUAACAUUGAUCCCUCACCAGUUGCAAGAGCACUAAUUGCCGUGAGCGUACACCUCUUCAGGCGGCCGAAACAUCACACACUGGCACACGCAAGCACACAGCUCCGAAACUGACACACUCGCACGCACACACCCUCACAUACGUGAUCCCGCUCGCCCGUGAAUAACAAAGGUGGAGCAGAGCAGGCGGUGAUCGAGUAACCGCGGGAGAGGCAGUCCGACACCACAGAAGCCACCGCCCGCCCCCCACGACCACGGUUGAGCCGUGACCCCCCUGGGUGGCCACUCCCGCGCCUCCCCCCGUGCACGAUGCGCGAUUGUGGGGCGGUCUGUGCCACCGCUCCCAGCCCACCAUGAUCGCAGGCGAAGCAGCCGCUCUCAUCAUCACAGCCGCGCUGCUUCACCUGGCCGCACCGCACGGAGGACUCGGGUUUGGAGAACGAGGUGGUGCUGCUGCUGCUGCAAGAGGAUUUGGAGGCGCGGGGGCGAGAGAAGCAUCGAUCGGAAGCGUAGGAGGACUCGGAACGCGACGAGGAGGAGGAGGAGGAUCUGAGAGACGCGCAGACCUCCUCCUGGCAGAAAAGUCUCCGGCGACAACGCUCGGCCGCGAUGACGAGGAGAAAGCGCGGAGUGGGAACUCGCGGCGGCUGCUGGAGGAGCUGGAGGGGAGGCUGCUCGGGGUUUUCGGGCUGCAGAGGCGACCACGACCCGGCACGGGGAUCGCAGUGCCCGCCUACCUCGUGCAGCUCUACCGUGCCCAGCAGCACACGGGGCGCGGAGGCGGCCCCCGACGGCGAUGGGCCCGGGCAGACAAGGAGCGUGUGGGCAAAGACGAUGUGGAUGUCGAGGAGGAGAAGGAGGAGGUCGCAUUCCCACGGGAAGCGCAAGGAAGAGCAAACACCGUCCGAGGGUUUCAUCACGACGAGUCUACGGAGAAGCUCUCACUUGGGCAGAGCACGGAAGACGGAACAACGUGGCACUUCCUCUUCAAUCUCUCGUCCAUCCCGGACUCUGAGGAGGUGACUGCGGCUGAACUGCGCGUGCACCACACACGCGUGCACAGCCCAUGUCCCUCAUCCUCGCCGGCAUGCGAGUUGGCCCCUCGGCUGGAGCGCAUCAACGUGUAUGAAGUUGUGGCGCCGCCAUCGUCUCCAUCGGGCGCUGCCUCCCGGCUGCUGGACACUCGCGUGGUGCGCACAAACGAGUCGCGCUGGGAAGCGUUCGACGUGAGCCCCGCCGUGUCGCGCUGGACCCGGGGCUCCGCACCUAACCGGGGCUUCGCAGUCGAGGUGCUGCCCGUCCGGCGGCCAAGUGGCGGGGUGGCCGCCAAUGGCGUGCCCAGCGAGGCGGUGCUCGCGCAGCCCCGCUCGGGCGUCGCCUCGCUCUUCCCGGGCGAUGGGAGCCACCAGACCGAGCCGAGACCGCUCCUCGUCACUUUUGGCAGCGACGGCCGGGCCCCAUUCACGCCGCGGAGCCGUGCAAGGAGGAGCAUCGGUGGGGCCCCAAGGCAGGCGGCGCACAAGGCGAGGCGCAAGCCGCGCUACAGCUGCAGGCGCCACGCGCUCUACGUCGACUUCCGCGAGGUGGGCUGGAAUGACUGGAUCGUGGCGCCGCCCGGGUACCACGCCUACUUCUGCCACGGCGAGUGCCCCUUCCCUCUGGCCGACCACCUCAACUCGACGAACCACGCCAUCGUGCAGACGCUCGUCAACUCGGUGAACGCGAGCAUCCCUCGCGCCUGCUGCGUGCCCACGGAGCUCAGCCCCAUCUCCAUGCUCUACCUGGACGAGUACGGCAAGGUGGUGCUCAAGAACUACCAGGACAUGGUGGUGGAGGGCUGCGGCUGCCGCUAAAUGGCGCUGUCAAUGCGAGAAGCGCCUGAAGUGUGGAGAGGGGCGACGCUGCGAUGGCAGGCAUGGGGUAAGAGCUCAUUAUGGUGACCUGACCCGAUCCCUGAUCCUAACAACUUAGCCGAUCAGACAUCAGCACUGACGCUACUCCUGACCCCGGCCCUGACCUUACUCCAAUCAUCCCUGAUGCUUUGUUCAGCCCCUUUUUCACAUUUUGUUUGAUUUUUACCUUCGGGGGCCCAAUUUGCAAUUUGACUAAAGUGAGAUAAUUGGAUGAAAUGUUGGAGACAUCUUUGCCAUGAUGGGACACGUGCCAGGGCACCGCUGGCGUGCCGCAGUGCGUUCUGAUGCGAGGCGUGAACAUGAAUCGUGGCGCUGGCAGUGAUCGUGCAGCUAGGGUCCGGUCUCAUCUCGGAAGGAAUGGAGUAAAAUGUGACGACGUAAACAGAAGGACCAUCCUGGCAGGGGCUCUCUGCUUUGGGAAGCACCACUGCAUUUUUUUUCACGAAGUAUUGCCGUGAGAUCGGGGUGGUGCGUGAAGAUGGCGACUCUACAAAGAGCCCUGGGUGGCACGCCAGGCGAAGAGAACCAACGCCGUGCGGCACAAAUGACUCUCGCUAUGAAACUUUCUUCCACUCUGUAUUUAUACAAAAACUAAAUAUACUGGAUGGUCAUGAAUAAUUGUUUUCCUAAAUGAUUAAAUAUUUAUAUAACUAAUGAAACAAAGUCCACACAACAAAUAAGUUCUGCACACGAACAUUUUACCUGCAUUAAUUUUAUAAUGAAACGUUGGGUUAUUAUCGUUAUAUUAUAUAAACUACAAUGAUCACAAAGUUUUAAAUCCUUUAUAUAUUUAUUGUUAUAUCCAUUGAUAUAUCAGCACACAUGUCUGUAUUUAUAUAUUUAGCUAUAAUGAAAAUGUGAAUUUAACGUU